AUGUUUGAGGCACAACUUGCCUAUUACCUGAAUAGGUAUAUUGGCGCCUAUGUGCAAGGCCUGGACACGCAAUCUCUGAAGAUCUCCGUUUUCAAGGGAGAUGUGGUACUGCGGAAUCUGAAGCUGAAGCCCGAGGCUCUGGCUGACCUCAAUCUUCCAAUCACUGUGAAGGCCGGCCUUCUUGGCUCUCUCACAUUGAAGGUGCCCUGGGCAAAUUUAGGCAGGUCGCCCGUCAUCAUUACCAUCGACCGCCUCUAUAUCCUUGCUGGACCGAAGACAGAAGAACCAUCAGGUGAAGAAGAGCAGUAUGAGGCUGAGGAGCUGGAGAGAGAGGCCAAGAGAAGGCGUGUGGAUCAUGCAGAGCUGACUGCUCUGCAGGACAAGUCUGAUGGCCAGAAGGGAGGUGGAGGCGGGAUGUUCAAGGGCUUGGUUGACACUAUCAUCGGCAACCUGCAGCUGUCUAUCAGCAACAUCCAUGUGCGCUAUGAGGAUGAUACCAGCAACCCCGGCACAACAUUUGCUGUCGGCCUCACGCUCGAGUCUCUGAGAGCGCACACUGUUGAUGAGAGCGGGAAGGAGGCUUUUGUCACACAGAACCCCAUGAAGCUCCUGCGCAAGGCUUCAGAGCUGCGGCGCUUGGCGCUGUACUUUGAUGUGGGCACGAAGCUGUGGGAGCCAGAGGAGGACUGGCACAAGCUGUCACUAGACGCCUGGGACGCGCUGUUCCGCGCCGGCAUUGCCGAGGACCCUGCUGUGAAUGGAGAGGGGAUGGGCAAUACUGAGGAGGUUGGCAGUCCGGGCUCCUACGUGCUGAAGCCAGUGGACGGCCGGCUGAUGUACCUGCGGCGUGGCAGGGAAGUGCGCAAGAGCGAGGAUGAGGCCAUCCAGGAGGCAGACGUCCAGCUGGAGGCGUUGUCUCUGCAUCUGUCCAGGGCGCAGUACCAGAGCCUGCAGAAGCUGCUGGAGGCCUUCAGCUCGCUGUCAGCGCGCGCGCCGAACCGCUACCUGCGCCCAACUGGGCGUCCGGACAGCCCUGCCAAUGUGCGCAGGUGGUGGCAGUACGCCGGGGCUGUUAUGCGCAAGCAGAUCCGCUCGCAGGGCUUCAACUGGCGCCAAUUUGAGAAGGCGAUUGAGCUGCGGAAAGCGUACGUCGCGCAGUAUGAGAGCUGCCUGCAAGAUGGCCAGAUGGGAGGGGACGAGAAGAUCUGGGACAUGGAUGCGCAGCUGAACGAGCACACCAUUCUGGUGUUUCGCAAGCUUGCGCAUGCCAAGGUUGAGAUGGCAAAGAAGAGGGCGGCAGCGCAGGCGGCAGCUGAGGCUCGAGAGAGGCAGUCUGAGAAGGGCUGGCUGAGCUGGGCGUGGGGUGGUGGAGGCAAGAAGGGUGGCAACAAAGCAGCUGAGGACACAGAGGAGGAUGAGGACAUGCGAGGGGGGCUCAAUGAGGAGGAACAGGAGGCCUUGCAGAACCUUGUGUCUGAGCAGGAGGAUGCUCUUGUAUCUGAGAGUGAGACGCCCUGGAGCCUGCGGAUGCAAGUGCGGCUGCAUGUCAACUCUGCUUCUCUUGUCCUGGACGGCUCCGACAAGUCUCAGGUGAUGCGUGCUGGCAUGGAAGGCCUGAGCUCCACCACAAAGCUCUACCCCAAGACCAUGCAUCUGGACAUUGAGGUGGCUGCCAUGGGCGUGGUUGCGCCUGAGGGCAACCUCGUGCGCACCGGCGGACUCUUGCACCCAAGCAAGAGCACGGUUGGACUGCCAGGUGCUAGGGAGGAGGAGCAAGAGUGGGCCAGCAAAGGCCAGGCCAUGCGGCUGCAGUUCAUCCAGCACCCUCAGGACGAGAGCGCUGAUGCAGCAGUGCAUCUCAACCUGGCACCCUCCUACGUCACAUACAAUGCUGUGGCUGUCCAGAGAGUCAUGGAAUUCUUCAGGACAGAGGAGAUUUUGGACUUCUCUGCUCUGGGAGCGCAAGCAAUAGCGCAGGUGGAGCGUGCGCAGAGAGCAGCGCGUGAUCAGCUGGUAGCUGCUAUGAACCACAGGCCCAAGCUGUCUGUCAAGCUGGAGCUUGUGGGUCCCAAGGUUGCCAUCCCUGUGCCCAGGAGCGACUUUGAGGGAGAGCUGACCCUCGUGCUGGACCUGGGCUCAUUCUCAGUCGAGAGUGACACUGGCCUCAUAGCACAGCUCCCACAGGAAGAAGCAGCCCUGUAUGAGUGCCUGCGCCUGCGCUCCCGUGACAUCUCUGCCUAUGUUGUGGACGGAGAGUUCUCAUUCCAGGCCCUUGAGCAGGCAGGCGUGGCAGAGCUGCCCGAGGAGGACGCGGAGACCAGCCCUGUGACAGAGGCCAUCACUCUAGCCGUGCAACAAUCGGGGGGUAGGGCGCUCGGGGGCCGAGCAACCUUCAUCCCCCUGUUGGAGCGCUGCGGCACAGAGACAACCUUGCAGUUCGCUCGAUUUCCCCACCCUCAGCUGCCCAGCCUGCGUGCCCAGCUGAGCGUGCCCCAGCUGCGCUUCUACAUCAGCCCUGCUCGCGUCAGAAGAGUGCUGCGUGUCCUGCGCGCUGCUGUUCCGGGUCAAGGCAAGGGUGAGCCAGGGAGGCCGCCUGCACCAAAAGAGGUGCCACAGUGGCGCAGGGACAGCGAGUUUUCUGGCAAGGUCAGGGUGCUGGAGUGGGGAGGCCUCAGCCGGACCACAGCACAGUGGCCCACCCGCUGGGUGGCUCUCUACAGGGGGAGCCUCUACGUCAUGCCAAAGGAGGAUGCCGACACCUCACCGACCACUUACAACAUCUGGACAAACAGGCGGGUGGUGAAGCUCCCAGAGGACACCUGCGGAGGCGUGAAGAAUGUGCUGGCAAUCUGUCCGCCGACAGUGGAGACUGCGCAUGCAGCUCAGGAUAGCAGUUCCCUGGUCUUGCGCUUCUCAACAGAGAGCCAGAUGGAGGAAUGGCGGACGCAGCUCCAAAGGUCUCAGCACAAGAUGAAGGAUUUGGCUGGCGGAGCGGAUGAGACUCUAAACAUAGACUUUGAUGUUUCUGCACCUGAGCUUGACAGCGAGACAGCCAGCACCACUGUGGAAGGAGCAGAUGCAGGAGCAAAGGAGGCAGGGAGCAAGGCAGAGCUGCCAGGCUUUUCUGUGCGCCUGGCAGCCGACUUGGGAGAGUUUGCCUUGUUUGUUAGCGGCCGGACUGCGGAUGUAUGGUGGCCUGAUGACGAUGGUGUACCUGACGGUGCCAGUGAUGACACUGCCUUUGCCUCCCCAGCCGCCGGGCACAAGCUCACAGAUUCCAGCUCAAUGGUGAAUGUGGACGGCGAGCAGUCACUGAUAGUCAUCAGGGCAUCGAGCGGCAGCACUGACCUGUCUCUGGGCGGCGGCCACUUCAGCACCAGCCUGGCUGUGGGGGCCUUUGAGAUUGAGGACCUCCUGGUUGGCAAGCGCUGCCCUGAGCAUGGCUAUCUGGCCAGGUCCUUUGUGGUGACACGUGUGGUGGAUAAUGAGGGGGAUGAGUUCUAUGACGCCAGCGCAGAUCCCUCCUCUCCCACAUUCCUGUCACGUGCCGCAUCCAAGGGCAGCGGCCGGCUCCCCUUCUCUGACCAGGACUCGCAGAGUGUUGCCUCGAGGGAAGGCUCCUUCAAGGAUGCGCCGGGCCCUUCUGAGCUUUGGCGCUCCCAAUCCCAGGACCAAGGUAGCGCUGCAGAGGUGCCAACGCCCAAGAAGAAAAGCGCAUGGGUGCUCGACUUUGACACAUGGGCGCAGACCUCGUCAGGCUAUGCUGGCGUGGACGCUGAGAUGCGCAUGCGGCUGAAGACGCUGUAUUUCUAUGCCAACCGCCCCACCAUUGGAGCGCUCAUGGGCAUUGGUGGCGAUCUGGCUGCUGCUUUCAAGAGCGGCCAAGCAGAGGCUGCUCCAGGAGCCACCCCCCAGACAGCAGACACACCUUUUGCAAAGGCGGCUGGAUCCGGCUCCGCCGCGAACCUACAGUCCGCGGCAUCUUCAGCCGUUGCUGACGAGGACAGGAGAGACGCUGACGCAUCCGAUGACCUGAACACCGAUGCGGCCUCAACCGUCGCUCCUUCCACCCUGCGCAGCGAGAGCGGAGAUGUAGAUGGAGGCAAUCUGGUGAUGGAGGGUGGCAGCGAGCGGGUGGUGUUCCGCCUGCUGGUAGAGAUGGAGAGGCUGGAGGCCAGUCUCAACUAUGAGUCGUGCUCAGCCCCUCCUCUGCUGCUGGCUGCCAUUGAGGAUGUGCACUUCAACCUCAGCGUGCAUCCUGGCACCCUACUCAUCAAUGCCACCCUGGGCAACAUGCGCGCUCAAGACGGCGCUCUGCCAGAGGGACAUCCGUACAGGAACAUCUGCGAUCUGCGCCAUGGCGCUUCCACGUCUCUGAUAGAGCUGGAGUUUGCGUCUCACACUGGAAUGGAUGCUGACACCAGCCCCCGCGUCCCCAGUGGGCUGCCUUUCUAUACCCUCAAUGCACAGCUGCGGGAGCUCGAGCUUUUCUUCCUUCAUCGCUUCCUCCAGGUGGAGCUUCUGCACUACAUCACCCUGCUGCUGGCCAUGCAACCCCCGGCUCUCAGUCCUCCAGGCCUUGCAGAGGCCAACAGCACAGCAGGAGAGCGGGCGAGCUCGACGGGCAAGGCAAAGAAGGGCAAGGCAGACAAGGGUGUUGGCUUCUUGCUGGUGCUGGAUGUGGAGAUGAACGCGCCUGUGAUCACCAUUCCCCGCAACACCGACAGCCUGGAUGCCCUGGAGGUGGAUUUGGGCACGUUCACCCUCAGCAACCGCAUAGCCUGGAUUGGCGGGAAAGGGAACGCCUCUGAUAGAAAGGCGGUGCUGUACGAGGAGGACACCAUUGUCCUGAGCGACCUGAGCGCAGUCAUGGUGCAUGAUGGCGAGAGCGGCAACAACAUGAUCCGCGAGUUUGACACUGGCCUCACUGUCAACAUGCAGCGCCCCAUCCGUGAUCUGCUCCAGUGCCUACCCCGAUUCCAGGUGGGCAUUGACAUACCGUCCAUCAAGGCGACACUCUCAGACAGCGAGUACCGCUUCAUCACUUCCGUCGCUGGCUCCAACUUUGGAGAGCCGCUGCGGCUUCCUGCAGCUGCCCAGUGGCUGGAAGAUGCCCUCAUUGAUGAGCCCAUGGAGGAUGCAGAGUCACACCCCUCGCUCCAGGUGUCACGUAGCGCUGAGUCCCCCUCUGCGGAGAGGCAAGGCAGCCAUGCGGCAGGCCAGCCUGCCGCGACGGCGUCCGCGGCAAAGAGUGACAAGACAGCCAUUCGCGUGGUGAUCAACCUGGGCAAGUCUGAGCUGGAGAUGCUGCGCACCAGCAAUGCAGCAACUGGGGCCCUGUCUCCCCUGGCGCGCUUCACCAUCGGCAACCUUUGGGUGGCUUUCAGGACAACGGCAGGAGGUGCCAUGUACCUGUCAGUCUCACUGCCGCGAGUGGAGGGGGUGGACCUGCGGCCUUGGGUGCCGCCAGAGCAUUCCCUGGUCAUCAGCUCCGAGCAGUACUCAGCAGAGUCCAGGCCACAGGACGUGGGAGCCGGCGAUGGGAGCGCGCUGGACUGGGAAGCUGCAUCUUUCCUGACCCUGGAGUACAAGGCAGCUGCGCAGAUGUCCAAGCAGCAGAUUAGGGUGAGACUGCAGAGGCCGACCAUCUCUGCGGAGAUGAGCUUCCUGCUGGCUGUGGUCAAGUUCUACCUGCCGGACUUUGCCAUUGGCAGCAUCACUCCUGUGCCAUUCCGCACCCAGGAUUUCCUGCUCACAGAACAAGAGCACAAGGCAGCUGGCGAUCUGUGGCUCAGUCCCCAGACGAGGCUGCUGGCUGACUCACCAGAUGGGACAGACUUCGUGUACGAUGGUCAGGGCCACCGCCUGAUCUUGCCUGAGGGCAUCAGCGAUGGAGCUGCUAUCCCUCUGAUCAUUGUGGGUGCUGGCAAGACCCUGCUGCUGCGGGACGUUAAGAUUGUGCAUGCAGAGUCUCUGCCUGCGUGUCUGCAGCUUGGCUCAGGUGCCCAGUUGGUGGCCCACCCAGAGAAUAAUGUGCACCGCAUUGAGGGAGACGACCCAACACUGGCUCGCAGCCCUGGCGAUAAACAGCAGCUCUUCCGCCUGGGCAGCCCAUUCGGUGCCUCUCCAAGUGGCAGAUCGCGCUCCCUGGGCAAGAGGAGGCGGUCAAGCUCAAUUGGAAGCGUUGACGAUGCGUCGCCAAGGCCAAAGCCGCUGGACCUGGAGAUGGAGGUGGUUGCUGUGGGCGUUGGCCUGCGCUUCUUGGAGCUUGAGGAGGGCAAGCAGGAGAGGGAUGCGAUGCGUGUGAGCGCGUCCAAAGCAGAGGCGGCACCCCGCACGCGAGGCGAUGCAGGCCGCUCUGUCCGCAUGCUUGCGGCGUACAUGGAUCUUGGGGCCCGCUACAAGAUUGCUGGAGACCGCCAGAGGGCCAGCGCCGAGCUCCGGGGCUUGCAUGUCGAGACCCAGGUUGAUGUGGGCGGCCACAAGGGAGGAGAGGAUAACAACAAAGUGCAUGGAACAGUGCUGGAGCCUUGCAAGGUGGGCAUGAUGAUGGAGAUGAGUGGAGGGAGCGGCGAUAUCCAGCUGAAGCUGUCAGAUCUGCGCAUGAAUCUGUCCCCAGACGUUCUGGAGCUGGCAAUGUCCCUGCAGAGCUCUGUGCUGGAGCCCCUUGUGCAGCCGGCACCUGACAAGCCUCUGGCAAGGUGCACGCGCUUCCUGCAAAUCUGGAGCAACCACCCAGAGAAGUCUGGGCCAGCUGGGGCUGUCAUGGACACCAGUGUGCUGUCCGCUGAGCGUGGACUCACCUUCUGGCGCCCACAGCCCCCCAUCGGCUAUGCCUCCCUUGGGGACUGCGUGACCACUGGCACCAUGCAGCCCACCUUCCAGGUGGUGUCAGUUGCCGUGAACAGCGGGCUGGUUGCAUACCCCGUCAGCUACAAAACAGCAUACCAGACGUCAGGGCUCACGAUCUGGGAGGCGAUCCCGCCGGAGGGCUAUGUUGCGCUCGGCUGCCUGGCAGUCCAUGGGGACGAGCCUCCAGCGCUCACAGAGAUGGUGGCGGUGCAUGCCAGCAUUGGUGUGGAGGCCCCGCUGGGCUCAUGCCUGGUCCUCAAGGAGGAGAAGUCCUGGAGGUCUCUGGAGGAUGACCUGGGGCACCUCACUGAGAAGCCCAAGGCCAACGUGUGGUUUGUGGAGAACGUGGGCGCCUCCUUUGUGGUGUGCAGUCCAGAGACCGGCAGCCCUGCAGGUCCUUUUCUGGAUUUGCGGUCGCCCUUGGGAAUCACACCGGCUGCGCUGAAGCUGCCACCGCCUGCAAGCCCGGUGGUCACGCCUGAGUCCUCGCCAGCUGAGAAGCCAAGGAGGACGUCAAACUCCACGCCGAUUCCCCAGAGCAAGGGCCCUGUCAGGAGCGGUUCAAUGACACAAGGCGCCAGAGAGGCAGCAGCUUCUCUGAGGGACAGGCCGGUCAGCUACCGCUCCUACGAGGAGUUCCGCCGCAGCCGUGCGAAGCAGCUCAAGACCGCCUCUCAGCGGCGCCUGCAGAGCACGGCAGUGGACUUCCGGCGUGUGUGGUGGGACAAGGAUGCCCGCUACCCCUCAAAGAGCGGCCUCUCCUUCUGGCGCCCCAUACCGCCGCAAGGCUACAUCUCACUGGGUGACUGUGCGGAGGUGGGCUAUGAUCCUCCACAGAGCAUUGUGGUCCUGCUGGACUCAGAGCUGGCCGAGAUGGAGCACACUUCUACGCCUGUGGUGCGGCCGCCGCGCGGCUUCGAGCUGCUCUGGCGCGACGAGUCUGACAGGCCCGACCGGUGCCUCUCCAUUUGGCGGCCUGUGCCUUUCCCAGGGUAUGUCGCGAUGGGCUUUGUGAUUGGCCGCGGCCCUGAACCGCCAUCCAGGAAUGCCAUGCGGUGCAUCAGGGCAAAUGAAGCGGCAGCGGUGGAUUUGAGAGGCGUGCGCGCUUCCACCCGCUUGCCGCAAGUCGGCAGGCGCACCGGCUUCUCUGUGUGGACCGGGGACGAGCGCCUGAGCACCUUUGUCAUCUCCUCCGUAGGGGCACCCCCAAGGGACAGAGACCUGCAGCGCCUCAAGAUCCUGGACUCUAGGGAGCCUCGCCCUGCUGAGGGCCCUGUUGAAGCUCCCAAGGGUGGCAUGAACAUUGUCCUGAAGACCGGGGCGACGAGUUUGCUGCUGAGGGACGCUCUCAGGCGGCCUCUGGCAGAGAUUGAGCUGGGGGAGGUUGACGCAAGUGUGCGGCGCAUUGAUGGCAAUGUCACACGGGCGUACAUGGGAGUGCUGACCAGCGCCUGGAGCUACAACGCAGUCAUCCAGGCCUGGGAACCCAUCUUGGAGCCCUGGAAGCUCAUUGUCAAGAUGGACAUGAACACGUCUGGCAUCAUGGCGCACGGCGUGGCGCCUGGCGCAAACGUGAGCAUCAAGAGCACCAGUGAGCUAAUGCGCAUCACGCUAGCGUACGCCGCAGUGCAGUCGGUCUUCAGGGCCCUGCGCCAGUGGCGCGAGCUGCACGCAUCCGGCUCCGACGAGGCCUACAAGCGCCAGCUUGCAGCUGCGGACGCCGCCAGCGUGCACACGCAUGUGCUCAACACCCUGGGCGUGGCUGCAGAGAUGCAGCUGGACUUCGGCAGCCAUGUGGAGACAGCCUCGCUGGCCCCUGGCAAGUCGACCGCCAUGCUGCAGCCCCUUCCUCGGCCGCCGCAGCGCCACUCCCAGCGCCUGGCUAUCCCGGCAACCGCCCAGCCGCCAGUGUUGCUUGUGGCGAAUGUGGCAUCUGCCUCUGGCCUUGCAGCCGUGCUUGGGGAUGCAGCAGGGCGGGGAGUGUCCAAGCCUGACCUCUACCUUAAUCUGACGCUGCAUGGCGGGGAUGAGGCGGGAUCUGUGACUUCCACCGCCGACAGCUGGGGGGCCAGGACCCGGGCAGUGACGGUCAGGACGAGGGAAAGUGCAGAUGCUGGUGCUGCACAGCCUAGCAGAGAAGCUUCAGGAUCUGCAGGAGAAGCGGGGAUCAGCGAGGAGGCUGCAAUAAUAGACUGGGAGGAAGUGCGGUGGAAUGAACGCCUCAUCCUUGAGCUACCACCCGAUGCAGAGCAGGAGGAGGUGACUGUGGAGUUGGAGCUGUGGGACACUGCUGGUGCCAGGGCAAUGGGCGUGAAGAUUGCAAGCGCCUCUGCUGCGUUGGAUUUGGCAAUGUUCAAACCCUUCGCUGCACAGCCAGCCACCAUUGAGCUCUGCGGCGAGGACGGCAAAGCGGCAGAGCUGGAGCUGCAGUGGGCGGUGGUGCCUCAGUAUGAGCAGGAGCGCGCAGUCACAACGGACGCCUGGAGCGCUGGCAAGAGCACCGCUGGGCAGCGGGCGCUGCGCCUGGCGGGGACCGAGGAUUGGGCCCCUGUGUACACCAACGCUCAGACACUGGUCAACGCCAGCUCCCAGGCCAUGAAGAAGGGCUCAAGGGGCAGCGAUGACAUGGCGUCGUCGGUGGUGCCGGUGCGCAUGCGUGGCGGCGUGGUGGCGCUGGAGAGCAGCUUCCAGGGCGGCGUGAAGCGGGAGAAGCUGCGCUCUCUCUGCCAGCUCGUCAAUGACACUCAGCUCAGGCUGGAGGUGGCCCUUGUAGGGGACCCCAGCCGCUCCCGGUCCUCCAGCGCUUCCUCCUCCAGAGGCUUUGGCCGUCAGGAAUCCCUGCGAGAGAGCCAGAGCGACGGCAAGGAGGAGGAGAUAUUUGAGAACGAGCGCUUCCUGCCGCUGAAGGGCUGGGGCUCGCGUGGGAACCUGCUGCCGACAGAGCGGAAGCGCUACAGCACCAGGGAUGGCUUGCAGAGUGCUGUGGACUUCCCUUCCCUGCCCCUCCCUCAAGGAUGGGAGUGGGAGGGUCCAUGGGCAGCAGAAGAUUGGGCCUACAGCCCGGAUUGGAGCAUGAUCACGUAUCCUCCCCACCCAAACUCCCUGAAGCGGGGCAUGAUGGACUUUGUCCGGAGGCGCAGAUGGGUGCGGCGAAGGCGAAAGCAGGCCAUGUCAGCUUCAAGUUCGGCGGCUGAUCUGGCGUCUGCCCCAUCUGUCGGUGCCUUGGCGGAGACGGCGAGCGCUGCCCAGGACAGGGAUACCAGGCAGGUGCUGGGGAUUGCAGAGCCAGGAGACAGCCUGCCAGUGCCAUAUGGCUGGAGGAGCUCAGGCAAGCAGCUGGUGGUCAGGCCAAUCCUGGAGGGCUUCCCCGACGCGCAUCUCUGGAGCAUAGGAGGCAGCGACGAGACUGGGGACAACUCAAGGGCGGCGGCGGCAGCUGCGGUGGCGCGCAGGAGCGGCGAUGGCGGUGCAGCUGAGCUGGCGGCUGCAACGGUGUGGGUCAGCGUCACCGUGGAAGCCGAGCAGCUGCCGGGACUGUCGCGAGCAGAGACUCUCAAUGACUGGCGGAUCGUCGUGGCCCCUCCCCUGGUGCUUGACAACCAGCUGCCCCUGCGCGGCUCCUUCCUAGUGUGGGAACGCCCCAAGGAGGGCGAUAACCUGUUGCUGCGCCAGAGCGGAGUGAUGUCCAGCGGGGACAGGCGGCAUAUGUAUGCAGCAGACAUGCGCCGGGAGGUCAGCCUACAGUUCUACCCAGACGGCUUCGAGUGGGUGGACAGCGACCCCCUGCCUCUCAGCCUUGGCUACUCCUCCCACCGGGCGGGCUUGGACGGUGACCAGAAGCUGCCGGACAGCUUCCAAGUUGCUCGUGCAAACGGCAGCGAGGCCCCGCAGGCUGUGUACAUCAACCGAGAGCUGGACCUGGACAUGUGGCAGCUGGCUGACAAGAAGCUGGAUCCCGGGGCGGCUGUGGCGCUCGGGGCGCCUCUGCAUGUGCGCAUGUUCGUGCCACUGUGGAUUGUGAACGCCACAUCGUUGCCGGUGGCGGCCCUGGUUGUGCCGGUGGCGCCGCCGCGGCAGUCGAGCGAGCGCGAGGGGCAGGAGGGCCAGGAUUUGCUGGACGCUGCAGAGUCCAUCCGCCUGAAGGUCCUCGAGACAGAUGCCGGCGAUGGAGCGUCAUCUUCUGGCGCCAGACCCAGGAAUGCCAUGCCAAAAGGAGCACGUCAUGUGCUGGCGGGGAGCGUGUCCAUGGUGGCCUAUCCAAUGCAGCAGAUGGCCGCCUUCAGGCGCAACGCCGCCCAACAGAGCUACGGCCUGCGGCUGAAGGUGGGCGAGUCAGGCUGGACAUCACCUCUGCCGCUGGAGAGUGGUGGCGGUGGCGAAGAGGGGCCGGAUGACAUCAACACCAAGCCGGUGCUGAUCCGAGCGCGCAUCCCCGAGUGGGGCACGGUGCAUGAGAUUGUCGCCCGCUUGGAGCUUGUUGGCGGCGGCUUUGAGCGGACCCUGGCGCUGCGGCUGGAGCCUCAGCUGGUGAUCACCAACAACACCGGCAUCCCACUCCAGCUGAUGCAGCUGCACAGGGGCGGCUACACGCAGUCCAUUGCCGGAGUGACGCCAAACCCGGCCACGCUCAGCGGCCUGCCCAGAGCUGCCGUGCCGCCUGCAGGCAGCGGCCGUGAUGGCUCUGCACAGGGCGCCCCUGGGCUGCGCUCAACUGUGGCCAGCCCUGACGCAGAUGUCACAUCCACCCUGGACCUCCCGACAGGUGGAACUGGAAUACCGCUGCACUGGAGCCUGCAGGCCGACACGCGCGCAGUGUGCUUCCGCUUUGCACCGGAGGGUCCCAACGAGCCGGGGCCCCAGUGGUCGCACCCCAUCGAGCUCGAGAAGGCACUCAACUCCACUGCGCGCUUCGUCAGCCUGCCGGUGCGCCCGGCCGCGGCCGCUGCAGAGCCCGAGCCGCCCUUGAUCUCGAUGGAAGAGGACGGCGAGAGAGAUGAGGAGGUGCUGGAGAAGAAGCCUGCGCCACAGAAGAAGCAGGGGUCCUACCUUCGGGACAUCACCACACUGCAGACGGCCGCGGCGCCGCCGUGGGAGCUGCAUGGGCUGCAGAUCCGCGUCGGCCGCCGUGUCCGCCACUACACAAGGGCUGAAGACAGUGGGGGUGUGAUUGAGGAGGUGGAGGUGGUGGUCCUCCGCUUCAGGAAUGAGCUGCGCGCUCCAGGCUGCAUGCAUGUCAUCCUGGAGUGCGUGUCUCCCAGGGCGCCUUACCAGCUGGAGAACCGCUCAGGGCAGCCGCUGCGAUACCGCCAGAGCGGCAUAUCCGACCUGCCUUACAUUCCCCUGCCUGCCUACAGCGCCGCUGGCUUUGCCUGGCAGAAUGAGAACGGCAAUGGAACCCCCAGGAUCGAACUGUGCAACACCUACAGCAGCAACACGCCUGGCACAUGCUGUGAGCUGGACCCAGAAGUCCGGCCGCGCAUGACCGAAGACACUGCAGCAUCACCGUCUGGCACAAGCACCCAGCGGCUGUCUCUGCCAUCGGGCACAGAGCUGCAGGUCACAGUGUCAGACAGGGAGCAGGAAAUAAUGGGGGCAGCAGGGCUGCUGACCAUUGGCGGCAGUGCUGGGGUCGGCCGAGGCACUUUGGAACGGGUGCUACGAGUAGCACCAGUGUCCAAGGGCGCUCAGGCGCUGGCUCUCACGGGGGCCGCUGCGGCUGCGGAGGAUGGCGGCAGGCAUGCAUUCCAUGUCAAUCUGGACAUUGGAUCUUUGGAGGUGAGCGUGAUGGACCAGAGGCCAGAGGAGCUGAUUGCAGCGGCGGUCCUAGGAGUGCGUGUGCAGUAUGCAGCCGGGCUCGGCCCCUUGGGCAACUGCAGCAGCCUGCGCUUCUCAGUGGACAGCGUGCAGGUUGAUGACCAGAUCCCUGGCACCAGGUUCCCUGUGGUGUUGUGCCCGCUUGGUGGUGAGAGCGGGGCAGAUGGGCCCUCUGGCAGCGCAGCGCAGCCCCUUGUCCAGAUCACCAUCGUGCAGCAGACGGGCGGACCCCGCGGCCAGAUCUACUACCCCUACCUCUCCUUCAGAGUAUCACGCACCCUCCAGGCGCGCUCCUCUCAAGCAGACAUGAGCCACCUCCUGUCGGUUGCGAUAGCAGAGGGUCUUGUCUGGCGCGUAGUGGAGAUGGCCCAACGCCUGGACCUGAAGGCUCUGUCUGAUGGGUCAGGCGAGAGGCACGUUGCAGCCGCCACAGAUACCCCUGUCCAGAUCUCCCUGGUCUCUGCGGCUGACCUCUCUGCCGCUGUCAGCUUCCGAGGAGACCCCUUCGCGCGCCCCCGGUGGGCUUCGCAUAUGGGCAUGGCAUCAUGGGCGCUGCAGCUGGCCAACUUUGAGGGCAUCCCUGUACGCCUGCGGGGCUUUGAGAUGCAGAACAUCUCCAUGCUCUGGUCUGCCUUCAUCGCACAGAUCAUCCGCCAGAUCAAGGGUCAAGUGGUAGGGGUAGCGCUUAGCUUCCUCUGGAACUUUGGCAUCUUCUCAGGAGCCUCGGGUGUCCUGGGUGCACUGUCACGCAGCGUAGCCGCUCUGGGCGCUGAUGACAAGUCAGCGAAUGAGCGGACAGCUGCGCGCCAGCAGCGCACGAUAGGGAAUGUUGGCGAGGGGCUUGCAGAGGGAGGCGACGCGCUUGCAAAGGGCUUUGUUCGCGGUUUCACAGGCCUCGUCUCCAAGCCCCUCCAGGGGGCUCGCACUGGCGUGGGAGGCUUUGUGAAGGGGCUGGGCCAGGGCCUGGUCGGCGUGGCGGCGCAGCCGGUCAGCGGCGCGCUGGACUUCAUGUCCUCGGCCUUCGAGGGCAUCGACGCCAGCAGCAACACCAUCCGAGGAAAGCUCAGCAACCACCCCCGCGCCGUCUUGCGCCGCCGGCUGCCGCGCGCCAUCGGCGGCGACCGCAAGCUGCAGCCCUUCGUGCGCGCCGGCACCGACGCCCAGGCGCGGAUGGAGGAGGUGGGGCAGGCGUUGAUGUGGCGCGCUGUGGAGGCGGCCCCGGGGCUGCCCAGGCUUGGCAAGCGCAGGCGGCCCGGCCGGGCAGCGACCGACGCGUAUGAGGAGCACAUGCUGCUGCUGGACGAGCGCGUGGCGCUGAUGACCAAUCAGCGACUCAUGCUGCUGCACGCCCCCGGCUUCCAGCGAAUCCAUGAGGCUGCCAAGGAGGGCGUCACCCCCGGGAAUGAGGACGACAUUCCGGUGGCAGAAAUACGCUGGUCUGUCGAGUGGCAGGAUUUGCUGGCGCUGGAGCUGAGGCGGACUCACAAGGAGCUGCCUUUCUACGACCGCAUCACGGUCCACCGCAAGGGCGUCCCCGGCCACGAGGAGGACGAGCCCCUCGCACAUGAGCUGCGCUGCUUCCCCAAUGAGUCCCAGGCGGAGGAGCUGAGGGACAUAGCGCUGAAGGUGCGCGACAAGUACUGCGUGGAGCCGCAGCGCGAGAGUGCCAUGUGGGCGCGCAAGCACAAGCCUGACCUGGCCGCGCCUCUGCCGGGCCUGCCUCCCCAGGCCCUGCCCCCAACCAUGCCCUCCCUCGACUUCCGCCUGGUGCAGAAGGAAGACAAAUUCCCUGUUUGUGUAGGGCGCAUGACUGACAAUGGCAUCAUCAGCGUGUGGCGAGUGGUGGCGCCUCCAGGCUAUGGAGCCCUGGGUGACGUGGUCUCUGUCGGCCUGGACCCACCCAAUGCGCCUGUGUAUCGCGACGACAGCAGCGAGAAAGGGUCGGGCGAGCGGCCGCGGCUGGCGCACCCCGUGGAUUUCCGGCUGGUGUUCCGCAUCAACGGCCGCUCUCCGGUCACCAUGUGGAAGCCGGUGGCCCCGGAGGGGUAUGUUGCGCUGGGGACCAUCGUGCAGGGAGCGCCCCUGAUGCCCGACACCUCGGAGGUGCUCUGCCUGCGCGCUGACCUGGCCGCCUCCACGCGCUUCUUUGACUCGCCCAUCUGGCGCUGGGACCCCCCGGCCCUGCAGGCGAGCCUUCUGCCCUCCAACUCCCCUGGUGGUCUCAACCUGCAGCGGAUGCACAAGUGGGAUCCCCAGACGUGGCACUGCACAGUCUGGCAGGUGGACAACCCUACCGGGACAUUCAUCGCUCACCAUGAGACGAGGCAACCGCCAGACAGCGCAGCACUGACCCUGAGUCUCUGA